AUGGCUUUGAAGGCGAGCUCCGGCGACAACCGGACCAGGAGCACGGUGUUCCUAUGCAUAGUGAUUGGCAUGUGCUGCUUCUUCUACAUCCUCGGAGCGUGGCAGAAGAGCGGGUUCGGCAAGGGGGACAGCAUCGCGCUGGAGGUCACGAAGCGCACCGACUGCACCGUCUUGCCCAACCUUAGCUUCGACACCCACCAUUCUAAAGCUAUUGGCAGCAGCUCUAGCGAUCUUGUCUCGCCAGCGAAGAAGUUCAAGCCUUGCGCUGAUCACUACACGGAUUACACCCCCUGCCAAGAUCAGAACAGGGCGAUGAAGUUCCCUAGGGAGAACAUGAAUUACAGAGAGCGGCACUGCCCGGCGCAGAAGGAGAAGCUGCACUGUCUGAUCCCACCCCCAAAAGGUUACGUGGCUCCGUUCCCGUGGCCCAAGAGUCGGGACUAUGUCCCGUUUGCAAAUUGCCCGUAUAAGAGCUUGACAGUCGAGAAAGCCAUCCAGAACUGGGUUCAGUAUGAGGGUAAUGUGUUCAGAUUCCCUGGUGGAGGGACACAAUUCCCGCAAGGAGCCGAUAAGUAUAUUGAUCAGCUUGCAUCAGUCAUUCCGGUCGCCAAUGGAACUGUCAGGACUGCACUUGACACUGGUUGCGGGCUGGGGAGCUUAUUUGCUGAAGAGGAAUGUCUUGGCCAUGUCGUUUUGCGCCAAGAGAUUCGUGACGAGGCACAAGUGCAGUUUGCUCUGGAGAGAGGUGUCCCAGCUGUUAUUGGUGUCCUUGGUACAAUAAAACUUCCUUAUCCAUCGAGGGCCUUUGACAUGGCCCAUUGUUCCAGGUGCUUGAUUCCAUGGGGAGCCAAUGAUGGAAUGUACAUGAUGGAAGUUGAUAGGGUUCUAAGGCCUGGUGGCUACUGGGUGCUGUCUGGCCCUCCAAUUAAUUGGAAGGUGAACUACAAGGGUUGGCAACGCACAAAGAAGGAUCUUGAGGCAGAGCAGAACAGGAUAGAGGAAAUUGCUGACCUUCUAUGUUGGGAAAAAAUCUCAGAGAAGGGUGAGAUGGCAAUAUGGAGGAAAAGGGUGAAUACUGAGUCUUGCCCUUCUAGGCAAGAAGAAUCAACUGUGCAGAUGUGUGAAUCAACAAACCCAGAUGAUGUCUGGUAUGCUGUUCAUGUACAAGAAGAUGAAGGCCUGUGUGACACCCUUCCAGAUGUAAAAGAUGAAAGCGAAGUAGCUGGAGGAGCAAUCAAACCCUUCCCAGCUAGGCUCAAUGCAGUUCCUCCAAGAAUUGCUAAUGGUUUGAUCCCAGGGGUUUCGUCUCAGGCAUUUCAGAAAGACAAUAAAAUGUGGACGAAGCAUGUCAAGGCUUACAGCAGUGUGAACAAGUGUGAGGCUUUCUCUACUUAUCCAAGGACAUAUGAUCUUAUCCAUGCUUGCGGUCUUUUCACCUUGUAUAAAAACAAGUGCAGCAUGGAAGACAUUCUCCUGGAGAUGGACCGCAUCUUGAGGCCUGAAGGUGCCGUCAUAAUACGGGACGAUGUUGACGUCCUAACCAAGGUGAACAGCCUCGCUCUGGGUAUGAGGUGGAACACGAAGAUGGUUGAUCACGAGGAUGGCCCCCUCGUGCGCGAGAAGAUCUUAUAUGCCGUGAAGCAGUACUGGGUUGGUGGGAAUCAGACGGCUGUAGCUUGA